AUCUUCAGCUGUUAUGAAAAUGAUAAGUAAAACUGGAAUAUCAGCAUCGCUGAUUAGGAUCGCCCCGUCUAAAGCACCUUUACAUAAUGGCCAAGCGACAGACUUGGGAGCAGAUGCGCCAGAUCUUUGUCCAGGCGGUAAACGCCGUGCAUCCAGAGAAGGUAUUCGCUGACUUCCAAAAGUUCGACUUGCGGCCUCAAAUCGGGGAAAACCCAGCGGAUAUAUCCAUAAAACUCAAUGGAGAGGGGCAGGACAUCAGCGGGAAGACUUGCCACAUAGUUGGCUUUGGCAAAGCAGUCCUGGGAAUGGCCAACAAAGUGCAGCAGGAUCUGGGAGCCACCUCUGCUGGUGGAGUCCUCAGUGUGCCGGUAAACACCCUGAAGCAGUUCCAACCACCUGUUGCAUCUGGUUUGAUUGUCCACGAAGGAGCAGCCAACAAUCUGCCGGAUGAGAAUGCUCUGCAGGCAGCCCGGGAGAUCAAGCAGCUGGCCGAGAAGAUGACCGCCCAGGACAUCCUCCUUGUCUUCAUCUCGGGUGGUGGUUCUGCCCUUUUGCCGUUGCCCCGGUCACCUUUGACUUUGGAGGACAAGCGAAGCAUUGCGGAUAAGCUUAUGAAGCGGGGAGCCAGCAUCCAGGAGAUUAAUGCUGUCAGGAUUGCUUGCUCAGACAUCAAGGGCGGCCGCUUGGCCAGGUUUGCCGGCAAGGCGGGACUCCUGGUGACCUUUGUGCUCAGCGACAUCAUCGGUGAUCCCCUGGAGCUGAUAGCCUGCGGUCCUACCAUACAACCCGAGGCGGGAGCAUCCCCAUCCGACAUCCUUAAGAAGCAUAGUGUGUGGGGGGAGCUGUCCCCCGAAAUACAGCGGGUGUUUGAGCAGCCGGAGGAGCAGAGCAACACAUCGCUGCCCGAGCACAAGGUCUUUGUGGUGGGCAGCAAUGUGAUAGCCACUUCCACAGCGGCCAAGGAGGCCGAAAAUCUGGGUUACAUUCCCUGCGUGCUCAGUUGUGCUGUGCAAGGAGACGUGGCCCAAGUGGCUGGCGAUUAUCAACGAUUGCUGCACGGCAUCCAGGAGGCCAAGCAGCAGGGCAUCCUGGAUCCCCAGCUCAGGGAGAGGUAUGCCUUUGGAGAGAGGAGUUAUCCGGCUUUUCGGAGGGCUCUAGAAGAGCACAUUGGCAGCAAGAAGCCACUGUUCCUGAUCUGUGGAGGAGAGCCAGUCAUUAAAGUUUCCGGCCAAGGACUGGGCGGCAGGAGUCAGCACCUAGCCCUGCUGAUGUCGCAAGCUCUGCAUCGCGACGAGGCCAUACGGGACUGCACCUUCCUGAGCGCCGGAACUGAUGGCAUCGAUGGACCCACCGAUGCGGCCGGAGCGUUUGGAGACAGCAGUGUGGUGGAAUCCUAUCUGGGUGAUCACACCCUCGAUGAACUGGCCGAAACGCUGCGGAACUGCGACAGCUACAACUUUUACAAGAAUCUCGCGCAGGGAGAGCACCACGUGCUCACUGGACACACGGGUACCAAUGUGAUGGAUCUGCAUUUCCUGGUCGUGCCGUAGAGUAACGCCCCCGCUCGUCUAUAAAUCCAUUUAGUUGUAGACUUGCAUAUAUAUACAUUUAUAUAUGUGGGGCAGUUCGUUAAUGGAGCUGCUCUUGAACCGCAGACGGGCAAUAGUCGUUUAAAUUUGUUUUUACGAUUUUCCUCUUUAAUUUUGCUCUAUGAAAUUUUUACGACUUUUUUCAUUAACAUUUUUAAUAUCCAUUCAAAUGAAAAUAAUUUUGUGAUCUUUAUGCUCUGAGACGGUCUUCAGUGACAGCAUAAAACGGCAAUUAGCUUUCGUCUCCGGUUAUGAAAUCAGCCUGGAAUUGUCUUGAUUGUAAUUAUGUGCCAUGCAAUAGGCAAGCCAACCGAACGACAGAUGUGAUAAAUCAAUUUGUAUAUGCGAUCACCACGGAGCAUAAAUAUAUCUGAGUAAUUUCCAUUUAA